AUGAAUCCCGGGUUCAACUGUUACUUUCAGAAUGGAAUCAACACCAAUCCUGGUUACAGGACUGACCCCAAUCCUGGUUACUGGACUGACCCCAAUCCUGGUUACAGGACUGACCCCAAUCCUAGUUACAGGGCUGACCCCAAUCCCGGUUACUGGACUGACCCCAAUCCUGGUUACUGGACUGACCCCAAUCCUGGUUACUGGACUGACCCCAAUCCUGGUUACUCGACUGACCCCAAUUCUAGAUACAGGACUGACCCCAAUCCCGGUUACAGGAAUGACCCCAAUUGUGGUUACUGGACUGACCCCAAUCCUGGUUACAGGAAUGACCCCAAUCCUGGUUACUGGACUGACCCCAAUCCUGGUUACUUGACUGACCCCAAUCCUGGUUACUGGACUGGCCCCAAUCCUAGUUACUUGACUGACCCCAAUCCUGGUUACUGGACUGACCCCAAUCCUAGUUACUGGGUUGACCCCAAUCCUGAUUACAGGACUGACCCCAAUACUGGUUACUGGACUGACCCCAAUCCUAGUUACGGGGCUGACCCCAAUCCUGGUUACUGGACUGACCCCAAUGCUGGUUACUGGGCUGACCACAAUUCUGGUUACUGGACUGACCCCAAUGCUGGUUACUGGACUGACCCCAAUCCUGGUUACUGGACUGACCCCAAUCCUGGUUACUGGACUGACCCCAAUCCUGGUUACGGAGCUGACCCCAAGCCUGGUUACGGGGCUGACCCCAAGCCUGGUUACUGGACUGACCCCAAUGCUGGUUACUGGACUGACCCCAAUCCUGGUUACUGGACUGACCCCAAUCCUGGUUACUGGACUGACCCCAAUGCUGGUUACUGGACUGACCCCAAUGCUGGUUACUGGACUGACCCCAAUGCUGGUUACUGGACUGACACCAAUCCCGGUUACAGGAAUGACCCCAAUCCCGGUUACAGGAAUGACCCCAAUCCUGGUUACAGGACUGACCCCAAUCCUGGUUACAGGACUGACCCCAAUCCUGGUUACAGGACUGACCCCAAUCCUGGUUACAGGACUGACCCCAAUCCUGGUUACAGGACUGACCCCAAUGCUGGUUACAGGACUGACCCCAAUGCUGGUUACAGGACUGACCCCAAUGCUGGUUACUGGACUGACCCCAAUGCUGGUUACUGGACUGACCCCAAUGCUGGUUACUGGACUGACCCUGGUUACUGGACUGACCCCAAUCCUGGUUACAGGAAUGACCCCAAACCCGGUUACAGGAAUGACCCCAAUCGUGGUUACUGGACUGACCCCAAUCCUGGUUACAGGAAUGACCCCAAUCCCGGUUACAGGAAUGACCCCAAUCGUGGUUACUGGACUGACCCCAAUCCUGGUUACAGGAAUGACCCCAAUCCUGGUUACUGGACUGACCCCAAUCCUGGUUACUUGACUGACCCCAAUCCUGGUUACUGGACCUACCCCAAUCCUGAUUACAGGACUGACCCCAAUACUGGUUACUGGACUGACCCCAAUCCUGGUUACAGGAAUGACCCCAAUCCUGGUUACUGGACUGACCCCAAUCCUGGUUACUUGACUGUCCCCAAUCCAGGUUACUGGACUGACCCCAAUCCUAGUUACUUGACUGACCCCAAUCCUGGUUACUGGACUGACCCCAAUCCUAGUUACUGGUUGACUGACCCCAAUCCUGGUUACUGGACUGACCCCAAUCCUGGUUACUGGGCUGACCCCAAUCCUGAUUACAGGACUGACCCCAAUACUGGUUACUGGACUGACCCCAAUCCUAGUUACGGGGCUGACCCCAAUCCUGGUUACUGGACUGACCCCAAUGCUGGUUACUGGGCUGACCACAAUUCUGGUUACUGGACUGACCCCAAUGCUGGUUACUGGACUGACCCCAAUGCUGGUUACUGGACUGACCCUGGUUACUGGACUGACCCCAAUCCUGGUUACUGGACUGACCCCAAUCCUGGUUACAGGACUGACCCCAAUCCUGGUUACAGGAAUGACCCCAAUCGUGGUUACUGGACUGACCCCAAUCCUGGUUACAGGAAUGACCCCAAUCCUGGUUACUGGACUGACCCCAAUCCUGGUUACUUGACUGACCCCAAUCCUGGUUACUUGACUGACCCCAAUCCUGGUUACUGGACUGACCCCAAUCCUAGUUACUGGGCUGACCCCAAUGCUGGUUACUGGACUGACCCCAAUGCUGGUUACUGGACUGACCCCAAUGCUGGUUACUGGACUGACACCAAUCCCGGUUACAGGAAUGACCCCAAUCCCGGUUACAGGAAUGACCCCAAUCCUGGUUACAGGACUGACCCCAAUCCUGGUUACAGGACUAACCCCAAUCCUGGUUACAGGACUGACCCCAAUCCUGGUUACAGGACUGACCCCAAUGCUGGUUACAGGACUGACCCCAAUGCUGGUUACAGGACUGACCCCAAUGCUGGUUACUGGACUGACCCCAAUGCUGGUUACUGGACUGACCCCAAUGCUGGUUACUGGACUGACCCUGGUUACUGGACUGACCCCAAUCCUGGUUACAGGAAUGACCCCAAACCCGGUUACAGGAAUGACCCCAAUCGUGGUUACUGGACUGACCCCAAUCCUGGUUACAGGAAUGACCCCAAUCCCGGUUACAGGAAUGACCCCAAUCGUGGUUACUGGACUGACCCCAAUCCUGGUUACAGGAAUGACCCCAAUCCUGGUUACUGGACUGACCCCAAUCCUGGUUACUUGACUGACCCCAAUCCUGGUUACUGGACUGACCCCAAUCCUGGUUACUGGGCUGACCCCAAUCCUGAUUACAGGACUGACCCCAAUACUGGUUACUGGACUGACCCCAAUCCUAGUUACGGGGCUGACCCCAAUCCUGGUUACUGGACUGACCCCAAUGCUGGUUACUGGGCUGACCACAAUUCUGGUUACUGGACUGACCCCAAUGCUGGUUACUGGACUGACCCCAAUGCUGGUUACUGGACUGACCCCAAUGCUGGUUCUUUCUUUGUAGCACUGAAUAGUUCCAUCAUCGUCCUUCUUCUGAUCCAUCUGAUCCAUCAGAGGAAACAUGGCACUCUCGGGACAGGUAGCCGGAAUCGGUUCAGCCACCGGGCUUCUCCAUGCAUCGCGCAGACAGAGGUGAACACCUCUUGGGGAAGAGUGUAUGCUUCAUGA